AUGUCCGCACAACCGUCCCCUUCAUCGGCAACGGGUGGUUCUUCCACCGCCCCUGCUACUUCUACUACUACCCACCGCGGCCCCCCCGACGCCGAAGCCAUCAAAACCCGAAUCAUCAAACACAUGAACGCAGACCACUCACUCUCCCUGCGCCUCUAUCUAGCCCAAUACGCCCACGUCCCCCUACCAGGCACCACUCCCGCCGAACUCGUCGACAUCACGCUGGAGCAUAUGAUCAUCACCUCCGCGUACGGGCGCCACAUCAUCCCGCUGGACCCGCCGAUGAAGUCGCUCCUCGAAGCCCGUGAACGCCUGGUCACCAUGCACACGGCGUGUCUGGCCAGUCUGGAUCUCAGCGACGUCGUGGUCGACCGCUACGUCCCGCCGCAGCGGCUGUGGCAGUGGUUCGUGUGCGGCGUGUGUCUGCUGAUCUUUGCGACGUUUCCGUUCCGCGACCAGCUCCGCCCGGAGUCCGGGUCGCUGAUUGCGCGCGCCUGGUCGGUCAAUGGCACGGCCCCGGCGUUGGCUAGGUUGUGUUAUGCUGUCCAGCCGGGCGUUUUGGGGUUCAUGGUCAUCGUGCAUGUCUUGGAGGCGGUGUGGUUCGCUAGGACGAAGUUGAGGAGACAUUGGGUUGAGGCGGGGUCGGCGGUUUGGUGGGCUUGGAUUGGGGAUUGUUUGCUGGAAGGGGUGGGGUGUUUGAAGAGAUUUGAUGGAGUGGUGGGUGUUAAGGCGAAGGCUAAGGGAGGGGAGAAGAGUCAUUGA